CGUCGCGGCAACGUGCGACAAUCGCCGGUGUUCGGUCGCGGUGAAGGAACGGCGUUUUCCACAAGCGACGACGAGCCAUGGCGAGGCCUCAUCUAGCGGAUCAUAUUUCGCGGAAGUUCCUGCGCUUUCUAGGAUUAAGGAUGUCGAAGCGGCUGAGUUUCUAUUGUCUGGUAGCCCUGGCGUCCGUCUGCAUCUUCUUCCUAGCGUUUAACCAGCGCUACAGCAGCUACCUUGAGCAUCGACUGCAGCCGGUGAUAUCGGAUGUUGAGAUAAGGCCGCGGACCACCAAAAUCCAAGAGCCGGUAACGGUAAGCCAGGCGUAUAUUACAGGAUCCGCGGACAAUGCCACGAUCACCGAAAUUCAAGAGGUGGUUGAUCAACAAAGGAGGGCGAUUAAAAGAGAAAUGGAAAAUUAUGAAUAUCCAAACGGAAAAUACGGGAUAAAUAUGAGCAAACUUGAAGAUUUAGUGAUGGAGAAGGGUGGUAGACCUAUGAGAAGCGUAAUUCUGACGAGUUGGAGAAGUGGCAGCACGUUCCUCGGUGAUGUAGUAAACGCGCAUCCGGCCAAUUUUUAUCAUUACGAACCGUUGCUCGACUAUGGAAUUGUGCAAAUCCGAGGAUCGCCGCUCGCCGAAGAAUCCUUGACAAGGAUACUCUCGUUACUGAAUUGUGAAUACAAGGAGCUCGAUCGGUACCUGGAUUAUGGGAAAACUCAUCCUUGGGUAUUUAAUCAUAAUACGCAUUUAUGGCGACAAUGCCAAGCGCAUAAACGCAUUUGCUGGGAUCCGCGUUUCGUCUCCAAGUUUUGCCGACUCUUUCCGUUCCAAUCGAUGAAGCUUGUGCGAUUGAGGUUGCAUGCGGUAGAGAGUCUUUUGGCCGAAGAAGAUCUAGGUGUACGACUAGUUCUACUCAUUCGUGAUCCGAGAGGCAUUCUGCAAUCCAGAAAGCAUAGGGAAUGGUGUCCUGCUAAACCCGAUUGCUCCGAUCCUGCUCUGGUCUGCGCAGACAUGGUAUCGGAUUUCAACGCGGCAGUAGAACUGUCAAAAAAAUAUCCCCGUUCUUUCAGAGUAGUGCGUUACGAGGACCUGUCCGUGGAUCCCUAUAAGCACGUGCAGGAGCUUUACAAUUUUUACGGCUUGAACUUUCACAUAAACGUGAAGAAAUUCCUGGACACGCACACGAAGAACGAUGUGGGUGGUGUGUCAAGCACUUUCCGGAAUUCCAAGGUCGCGCCAUUUCACUGGAGGACCGACUUGGACUUCGAAGAGGUUCAUGAAAUACAGAAGGUAUGCGCGACCGCUAUGCGAUUGUGGGGAUACGUGAUGGCCUUAAAUUCCACUCACCAAAAAGACUUCGACCCUAUCACAAAUUACCGGCUCCAGUUGUGACAGCUGGCAGACGACAUGCUCAAUGUAGAUAUGAUGUAUAGUAUAUCGGUAUAACAAACGGCAACGGUCAGAAGUGCCGUAGUUCAUAUAAAUAUUCUGCGAAAGGUGCUAGCGGUCACUCAGGAAGAUAGCCAUGUAAUGGAAAUGAAUGUUGAUACAUUCGAAAGAAAAAUUUCGAAAUUUUUAACUUUGGAACGCUAAGAAGGUUUAUCGACAAGAAGUUUCCUCUUCUUUGAAAGGACGGAAACAAGAUACGUUCGUAAUUUUAUAUCGUAUGACUAACGCGAUCUAAACAACAGGGUGUUAGAGUAAAAUCCCGAGAGCUUGACAUGUGACACAAAUUAUGUCUAACCAUAUCGGCGCAAACGCAGGUGCACUCAAAAUGUCUAAAUAUUAUGAAUCUUUCAGGAGAGAAGAAGGGUAUUUUGUGUCUAAUGUAUAAACUCUAAUAUAUUCAUUAAUAUUAAUUGUACUUAUAGAUAGCUUGUAAAGAGAGAUUUGUAAUGAUCAUUACAGUGUCUUUUUACAUCUUUAAGAAGUACUCCACAUAUAUAAGAAAAUGAAAUUUUUAUAUCGAUUAUGGAACACAAAGUGCACCCACUCCUUGGAUUCAUACGAAAUCAUCGCUAAAAACAAGACGACCAAAUUUAAUUUUUUAACUUACUAAUCAAUAGCUGCGUUCGGCAAAGAAAGCGACUUUGCAACUGUAAAAUUUUUUUAUACGAUUGGUCUUGCCUUUAGUUCCUCACUAAAUGUAUAAAUCAUAUUCA